CGCGGAAGCGGCGUGGCCGGGCAGAGCCGAGCGGAGCCUGGUCUGGUGGUGAGGAUGCCGAGCGCCGCCGGUCGCGGCCAAGGCCAGGAACGCCGGCAGGAGAAUGAAGACUCGUCGCUGGCCGAUGAUUAUGCUAAGGAAAGAUAUGGAGUGUCAUCAAUGAUUCAAUCCCAAGAGAAACCAGAUAGAGUUUUGAUUCGAAUAAAAGACUUGACAGCAGAGAAGGCUGAUGAAGUAGUUUGGGUGCGUGGCAGAAUUCAUACAAGCAGAGCUAAAGGGAAGCAGUGUUUCUUAGUCCUGCGUCAGCAGCAGUUUAAUAUCCAGGCUCUUGUGGCUGUGGGACAGCAUGCAAGCAAGCAGAUGGUAAAGUUUGCUGCCAACAUCAACAAAGAGAGCAUUGUGGAUGUAGAAGGUGUGGUGAGGAAAGCAUAUCAGAAGAUUGGAGGUUGUACUCAGCAAGAUGUUGAGCUUCAUGUUCAAAGGAUCUAUGUCAUCAGUUUAGCUGAACCCCGACUGCCCUUGCAGCUGGAUGAUGCUGUUCGGCCAGAAGUGGAAGGAGAGGAGGAUGGAAGAGCUACUGUAAACCAGGAUACAAGGCUGGACAACAGAGUCAUUGAUCUGAGGACCUCCACUAGUCAGGCAAUCUUCUCCCUUCAGUCUGGUAUUUGUCAGCUUUUCCGAGAAACUCUUAUUCGCAAGGGAUUUGUGGAAAUUCAGACUCCCAAAAUCAUUUCAGCUGCCAGUGAAGGAGGAGCCAAUGUGUUUACUGUAUCAUACUUCAAGAGCAGUGCCUACCUGGCUCAGUCCCCACAGCUGUACAAGCAGAUGUGUAUAUGUGCUGACUUUGAAAAGGUUUUCUGUGUUGGGCCAGUAUUUAGAGCUGAGGACUCCAAUACACACAGACACCUGACUGAGUUUGUUGGUCUGGAUAUUGAAAUGGCUUUUAACUAUCACUAUCAUGAAGUGGUAGAUGAGAUUGCAGAUACUUUGGUGCAGAUAUUCAAGGGACUUCAGGAAAGGUUCCAAACUGAAAUUGAGACAGUGAACAAACAGUUCCCCUGUGAGCCAUUUAAGUUUUUGGAGCCAACUCUGAGGCUGGAAUAUCGUGAAGCUGUGGCCAUGCUUAGAGAGGCUGGUGUUGAGAUGGGUGAUGAAGAAGAUCUGAGCACACCUAAUGAAAAGCUCCUGGGACGUCUGGUGAAAGAAAAGUAUGACACAGACUUCUAUAUUCUUGACAAAUAUCCUCUUGCUGUGAGGCCUUUCUAUACAAUGCCUGACCCAGUAAACCCUAAAAACUCUAACUCUUACGAUAUGUUCAUGAGAGGAGAAGAGAUCUUGUCUGGAGCUCAGAGAAUUCAUGAUCCUCAGCUGCUGACAGAAAGAGCCAAGCAUCAUGGCAUUGAUUUGGAGAAAAUAAAGGCUUACAUCGAUUCCUUCCGUUUUGGUGCACCUCCACAUGCAGGUGGUGGAAUAGGGCUGGAAAGAGUAACCAUGCUGUACCUAGGGCUACAUAACGUUCGUCAGACCUCCAUGUUCCCGCGGGACCCCAAACGACUGACACCCUGAGAUGAGCUGCUUCUGGAAGUUUGAGAUGAUUUGCCCUCCAAGUGAGAUACGAUUGCAAGCAUAGCCCCUGCUGCCAAUGAACCUAUACCGAUUAGAGCAUUGUUAUAUGCAAUAAGAAAAACCCAAAACUUUGCAUUUACUAAAGUGCCACAAUACUUUUUUUUUUUUAUCCUUAGUUGUUUAUUUAAAAGAAGAUAGUUUCACAGAGCAAGACUCUUUGUAUUGGCAACUGUGCACCUUUUUAAUGAAAAUGUGAUACUUUGAGUUAGUGUUCUGGUGUCACAUUAAAUUGUAUUAUGUUUCUAAACAUUUUAAUAAAUUAUGCAAUAAAAAAAAUCUGCAUUUUUAACUUAUGUCAGCAGGAUUUAAUACUCUGAAGUACAGAACUGGCUCAAAGCUAAAAUGAAUGGAAACUUCCAAUUUAAUAAUCAGGAAGAAGCAGACAGUUGUUAAUUUACAAGAGUGUCAGGCAGAGAGGCAGGUGAGAACAACAUUCUUAACAAAAAGUAUUCGUAUGAAAUUGUGAAAAUAGAUUGCAAUAAAUCAAAGUAAAUUAGAUGCAAUAUCUGUCUUUCUGGUU